AUGUCAGGCAGUAUCAAACAAUUACGGAUAGGUAUUGUAGGGUCGCAGGGGAAAACGGGGAAGUUGCUCGUGAAGAGUCUCCUGGAGCACAACUUCCAGCGGGUCGUCUCGUUCCACAGACCGUCACGCCCUGUGGAGGUCUCAGCGGGGCAUUCAGGUACUUGUGCGAAUGUGCCGUUGGAUUUAGAGAAAUUCGGAGUGGACAAGAUCAAGGGGUUGUUCGAGCAAGUGGACGUGAUCGUCUUUGUGGCCGGUGCUGGGACGCAGGGGAUUCCAAAACUGUUCACUGUGGAUAUUGACGGGCUAUCGAAGUGUGUUGAGGCAGCCGAGGGUGCUGGGAUCAAACGGUUCAUUCUCACAUCCGUCAUGAAUGUCGAGGACAGGGCGUUCUGGUGGUCACUGGAAGGUAACAUGAAGAGUUAUUUCAUCGCCAAGCGGUGUGCGGACCACGAGCUGAGGAGGUCGCGGCUCAACUGGACCAUCUUGCAGCCCGGGUGGCUGUCGCUGAACAACAAGCCCACGGGGAAGAUCAUGCCGCCCACGCGUAUCGAGGAGAAGAGACUAGCUGGUUACUCGAUGGAGAGAGCGGACUUGGCGGAGGUAAUCGUUUCGUGUAUCCUGCACCCUCAAAACACGGAGAUGAAGUCGAUCCCGCUGGCCGGUGGUGACACGCCAAUUGAUGAAGUAAUUGAGAGUUUGUGA